GCUCUCAGUUUGGCAAUAUGGCGUCGGCCGGGCGGCUAAGACUGUCGCUUUUUCUCCUCUGGAAUAUUUCGGGCUUGUGAAUCCGACGCGUCCUUGGCAUGGGCUCUCUGUCGCUACUCGGCCUCCUGUGGGGAUUUCUCCUGCUGCAGGACGUCCUGAAACCGCUGCGUGGGGACCCGGUUUUUAUCCCAUCUUUCAUACGAAUGUCCAGCCCUGAGGUCAGCGCGUCCCUGGUCGGAGGCAGUGAGGAUGUCACCGUCUCUCUGAUUCCGCUGCAGGUCGAGAAAGGAGUGUUGCCAGUUCCUACUUGUGGUGGUCUCGGCAAUGAGACGGGAGAUUGGAAUAUGACUGUGAGCCCCGGUGUGAACGCACUGGAAGUGACGGUCCGGUGGAAGAGGGGCCUGGACUGGUGCUCCUCGAACGAGACUGCCUCCUUCUCGGAGCUUCCGUGCCUCGUGCAGACACUGCUGGUUUCGGCAUCCCACAAUGCAUCCUGUUUAGCACAUCUGCUCAUUCAGGUGGAGAUUUAUCCCAAUGCGUCUGUGACCCACAAUGCAUCAGAUAACAUGACUGGCAUUCCUAACCAAGUCUAUCAGCCUCUGGGUCCCUGCCCUUGCGACUUGACAGCCAAGGCCUGUGACAUUCGCUGCUGCUGUGACCAAGACUGCCAGCCAGAAGUAAAGGAGCUGUUCCAGCAGUCCUGCUUCUCCGGUGUGUUCGGAGGGGACGUCAACCCUCCCUUCGACCAGCGCUGUGCUGUGGGCACCACUCACGAGACCCCGGACUGGUUUCCUUUCCUGUGUGUGCAGUCACCCCCCUCCACCUCGCCUUUCCUCGGUUACUUCUAUCAUGGUGCCAUUUCCCCCAGACGUGACCCCGCCUUUGAAGCCCAUCUUCACCUUGACCUAAGGGACUUUGCUGAUGCUGGCUACAAACAAGGAGAUCCCAUCAUGACCACAAUGGGGUAUUUUACCGUCCCUCAGGUCUCCCUGGCUGGACAGUGUCUGCAGGAUGCUCCAGUGGCUUUCCUGAGGAAUAUUGAUAUUAAAUGUACCAUCAAUCUGGAAGUGCACCGAGAACGAGAUGGCACGGUCCCUGAGAAUGUGAAGAUUCGCACGGUGGGGGGUCUGGUCACACCAAGAGUAAGCUAUGAGCAAGCCGCUGACCUGGACAAAUGGAUCUCCAGUCCAGACACACUUGUGAACAGUGGACCUGCCUCCAGAAAUGUGAGCGUUGAAGAGGAUUAUGUUUUCAGAUGGCAAAAUAAUUCCAUCAGCGGACUAGACAUCACAGUCAUCAGGGCAGAGAUCAGUGCCCACCAGAAAGGAACAAUGGCCCAAAGAUUCACAGUGAAGUUUUUAAGCCAUGACAGUGGUGAUAAGAAGGAAUCUUCUGGAAACCCAGGUUACCAGCUUGGCAAGCCAGUCCGCGCCCUGCAUACCGAUGGGAUGAAUGUCACUGUGUUGCACCUCUGGCAGCCAGCUGGAAGGGGCCUGUGCACAUCAGCCGCUCUCAGACCCAUUUUAUUUGGAGAGAAUGUACUUGCCGGCUGCCUUUUGGAGGUUGGGAUUAAUGAGAACUGUACGCAGCUCCGGGAGAACGUCCUCCAGAGGCUGGAUUUGCUGAUACAAGCAACUCACGUCGCGAGGAGAGGCAACUCGGAUUACAGCGAUCUGAGUGAUGGCUGGCUGGAGAUCAUAUGUGUUGACGUCCCUGAGACAGGUGCUGACCUGCCCCUGAGCAGCGCAAAUGGCAUCUGCCCAGAAGUUCCUGCCCAGCUCACCAUCCGCAUCCUCAUUGCUGAAGCUGGUUCUGUGGAAGGGGUGGCUCAGCACGAGAUCCUCGGCGUGGAGACGAGGGUCUCCACGGUGACCUGGCAGUACCAGUGUGGGCUCACCUGUGAGGACACGGCCGCUCUUCUCCCUCUCAGUGCUUCCGUUCAGUUCAUUAAAAUCCCUGCGCAGAUGCCCCGCCCUCCAACGAGAUUCCAGAUCAACUUCACAGAGUAUGACUGUACCCGGAAUGAGCUGUGUUGGCCUCAACUUCUGUACCCUCUGACCCAAUAUUACCAAGGAGAGCCCCGUUCCCAGUGUGUCGCCAAAGGCCUAAUGCUUCUGUCGCUCCUCCUGUCGGCCACACUCAUCAGCCAUCCUUGGAUGAGACUGUGCAGAGGCUGGUGCUCGGCUCCCAUCCCCCGCUGACUUUGCUCGAGGACUCAGUGGCUCCCUGUAGGCCUGUGUGCCUCUCUGAAACCGUUUGUUUGAGAUAGAGUCUCACUAUGUAGCCCAGGCUGGCCUCUAAGUACACUGGGAUCUUCCUGCCUCUGCCUCCAGAGUGCUAGGACUGAAGGUGUGCACCACUGUGCCUAGCCUCCCUGAAACAUUUUAAUAAACAAAAUGUCUAUUUUUAUAGAAAUUCUUGGUGUUAAGUGAAUUUAAGUCAAUUAUCCAGAUAUUCAGAGUUGCACAGAGUGAUCAUUCUUGCUGCCGGCUGGCUUCAGGGGAGCUGCUAGUGUCCCUGAAUGUCAGAGACCUAAGCCUAGCAUGAAUUCCUAAUCACAGGAGUUUUGGUUUUGACCAUACUUAAUGCAAGCAUAUAAGAAUUAAGAAAGGAUUGAUUGAUUACUGCUUCAUAUUCCAAAGAAAAGGUUUGAAAAUGCUUAAAAGACUUUUAAAAUUAAAUUAGAUGAUGAUGAUGAUGAUGAUGAUGAUGAUGAUGAUGAUGAUGAUGAUGAUGCAGCAAGUCAGUGUUUGAGUGAGCGUAGGUACGGGUACAUGGGAGACAACCAUUGGGGUGGGUGGCAUUGUGUAGGCAUUGCCUCUACCCAUGAGCCAUCUCAGCAUCGCUAUCGUCUUAAAGUGUACAUUACUCAUUGUGUAGAACCAGGCCAGCCUAGAACACAGAGAUGCGCUUGUCUCUGCUGCCCGAGUGCUGAGAUUAAGGGCACGCGCCACAAUGUCUCAGCCAGUUUUCUUAAGCAGGCCAGGACCACCUAUCCAAGGGCAGUACUGCCCAUAAUGGGCUGGGUCCUCCUACAUCAAUCAGCAAUCAAGCUAAUUCACCAUAGACACAGCUUACAGGGCAAUCAGAUCUGUGUCACCCUUCAGUUGAGAUUCCCGCUUCUCAAGUGACAUCAUGUCAUGUUGACAGUAAAAACUGGUAUAGGGACAUUUGAGCUGAAACCUAAAAGGAGUCAGCUUUGGUGAGGUCCAGUGGACCAGUAUUUUAAACUGAGGGAUUCCAGAGUUCCAGAGACCAGGAAACAGAGAGGAGUGUGGCUGAGUGAAAGGACCCAGGACUAGGGUGAGGGGUUCAGAUUGUCUUUGGAAUACAACAAGAGAAGCCACGUCAGAUUGUAUGCUAUUGCAGAAGUCACAUGACCACUGUGUUGAGGCUGCCCAUGUGGUCGUGGGAUUGCAGAGGCCACACAGUGCACCACAUAGGGUACCAUGGAUCGUACACGUUCCAGGCUGACAAGCCCACUGUGACAAGGCCAACCGGUGGUGGCUGACUGCAAACGAGCAGGUGUCCUGGGAGUCAAGAGAGAGUUCUCAGACUAGCUCAGCAUGAUGGCUGCAGCCUCUGUCUCCACUCAGAGCCAAAGGGUGUUUGCUUGGAACGGUAAAGUGGCACAGAGUGGCUAAGACUCUCCUCCCGUUGGGAGGUGGUGGCCCAAUCCUUUAAGCCCAGCUCUUAAAGGCAGAGGCAGGUGCAUCUCUGUGAGUUCGAGGCCAGCCUAGUCUGCUGUUGUUUUUACUCUAACCCUAUAUUGAAACGCCAAAAUGUAAUUGGUUGUUUUACUCUUUAGUCUUUGGGGACCCGCCACCUAGCUCCCAAAUAAAA